GCGCGGGGGGGCGAGAAGGGGGUCACGUGACGUCACCUCCGCCGGAGCAAGCAUGGCGGCGUGUAUCGGCUGCGCCAGGGGUCACUUGCAGAUUUGAGCAUUGCAGGAGGCUUUACCACAACCAAUAAGAUACCGAAUCAUCGAUCCUGUGCCUCCUCUGCAAUGUCUCUGUGCUUAAUGAACCAAGCUGCCAGAAUAUCGGUCCACGGUUUGAAUCCCAUCAGAGCCUCCUUAGCUCUUCUUCGGGUCCAGCGACAUCACAGCUUGGUGCUCAGAAACCUUAAGAGAAUUGAAGCAGUUGGUCAAAGCAACACGUCCUGUGGGAACAUCAGAGCGUACAAAUGGGCACACACAACUGUUGCCAUUGGUGAGCCGCAGAAUGAAGAUUCUUUGGGCAAGAAGGAAGCGGCUCAGGAUGAUGUUGGAGAGCAGUUGGAGGAGGAGGAUUCUUCGAAACGUCAAGAAAGCAAGAGACAAGCGCCCCGUACGGUGGAGCAACUGCUUGCGCUGGCCAACACCAAGGACCUAAUCCCAUGGCGAGCGGCGGAGGCUGUGUCACAACUAGGCCUAGCUGUUGGAAGAGAUCGGGUCCAGAAAGAGCAAGUCAUCAGUGACCCUCGCCUUCAGUAUAUUCUUAAAGCUGCUGAAAGCCAGAUAUCCUCUGUUGGGAACAGCUUGCUGCUGGGUAUGCUGCGCAGUCUGCAACUUCUUUUGAACAGUGAAAAAAAGGAAACUGGCUCCGAAAGAAAAGGCAAAACCGAACAGAUUAUCCGCUCUUUAGAGACGGAGCUGCACUUCCGAUUGCGUCGUUUAAAUUUUAAGCAACUUUGCACGGCGGCAGUAAUCUACUCGAGGAGCGCAGAUUCAGACGGCCGGAAGGCGCUGUGGGCAGAUUUGGUGAAGCACAUCGAGCUGCGCUGGACGGAGAUCCCUGACGCACGCACGGUCACCCUGCUCGUUACACGCAUCGGCAGUGUUUCGCCCGGUUUCAUGGAAAAGCUCGAAGAGAAGGCGUUGGAGUUUGCGGAGAAAAUGACUCCUUCGGAGGGGAGCAAAGUGGCUUUGGCAUUUGCUUCUCGGUCUCGCCGUUCGGUGCCACUGUUCCGUGCGCUGUCGUAUCACUUCACCCGGCGGCGAGUUGCCCACGAGUGCAGUGUCAUCCUCGACGUGAUCCAUGCCUUUGCCAAGGUAAACUUCGUUCAGACCCAGGUGUUGCAGCGGCUGUCAGGUGACCUGCUGCCUCACGUGCCGAAGCUGAGCUCACCUGACAUAGCAAGACUCGUCAAAUCCUUGAGCUACCUCAAGUGGCUGCACAUACCGCUCUUCGAGGCACUGGCACAGAACAUCAAAACAAACUGUGGCAGCUUCUCGUCGGCACAGCUCUUCAGCAUCGUUCAGUCGUUCGCCCGUCUGAACUACACGGCGCCAGAAGCCGAGCCUUUCUUUGUGCAGGUGCACUCCAGCCUGGCGGAGACUGCGGAAGAUCUCGACACUUACGCGCUUAUCGACAUGGUCUGGUCUCUCUGCAUCCUCGGCCAAGCAACGCCGGUGCUCCUGUCACGGGUCCUCCAACAAGACUUCUACACCAAAGUGACAGAACAGCCAUCGGUUUAUUCCCAAAGCUAUAUCCAGAAGCUCCUGCAUAUUAACAGCACAGCCAACCUGGAGAUUCCUGACUACCCAGGACCCUUCCUGCCCUCCAAUGAACUGCUCCACAAGUUGACGGUGCCACCUGUCAGCAGUACAUCAGUGUCACACCCCGCCAAGAGCAAGCAGGAAAGCACCAUGCAAUCAGACAUUGCCCAGUCCCUGGCGACGCAUGUUGGCGCAGACGCGAGUCCGGGCCAUAUGCGUGUGGGCGUGGAAACGAUCUAUGGCUGGACGCUGGAUGCCGAGACACUGAUUGACAAGGACUGCAAAUCACUCCCAGUUAUUGAAUAUGAAGCUCCCCACCUUCCCGCCUCAAGUGGCACCAAACCAUUGCCAGCGGGGGCACGCAGGCUGGCGUUCCUUGCUUUGGAGUAUCCCAGCUUCCUCUUGAGCAGCAAGAACGUCCUGGGGAAAUUUCAAAUGGCUCGACGCCACAUUUCCUCGGCUGGCUUCCUCCUGGUCGAGAUCCCAUACUUUGAAUGGUUGGAGCUCAACUCGGACCGGGUGAAAGUUUCCUAUCUCAAGGAUAAGAUCAGCAAAGCGAUUGCUGAGGACAUGGCCAAAUAAAGAAGUGCUGCACUGAGAAAAUACAGUUUGAGUUUGUUUUUGGUUUUAGAUCUGCUGGAUGAUGGGUAAAUUAUUAUUGGUUCUUAUUUUAGUUUUGCAUCAGGUCAAAAAAAAGGCACGCGACCAUUUUCUCUUCUUGAGUGUCAAGGACAUAGGAGUGGAAAAAUUAGUCCUCGUUAAGAGCUUAAAUAUGCCGAGCAUAUUUGCAGUUUCAGCCCCCCCCCCCUCCAUGUAAGGUAGGCUAAGUGGUCAAUGAGGGCGACUGUGAGAAGUCGUGUAGCGAACCAGACAAGGGCACGCACUAUGCCUUGAAUUGGUGCGGAUGCUUCGAUGAUAACACAAAUUGCCCUUGGUAAUCUGUUCAGAAGAAGAUGCUGUUGUGCAUGAGUGAAACCAACUUAACUAGGCUAAAGCCUUUCAGAUUUUUGUUCAUGUAUACUGGUUUUGUCAACGCGGGUAUUUAAACAAGACCUGUGGCACAAUCGCCCAUAAUCUUCGGUCAAGGUCUAUCCACUGCUGAAUGACGGCCACCACAUGUUGCCGCCAUAUCCUCAUGGUGCUGCCUUAACCACAGUUCAUCUCACUCCCACAUCGUUUGAGCUCAUUGCUGCCAUUCCAUCACGAGUCUCCUCCAUCAGCGAUCCAGCAGUGUGUCUUGCCGGAUGCCACUUCUCGGUGGUCAAGGAAAUUCGGCUGCUGAAUCCACGUGCUCCUAUUCCUGUGUCUCAGUGCAAUUCUGAGAAUGCAUCCCCGCGUUUAUGUGCACAAUUUUAGCCUUUUGUUCAUUACGUUUCAAAUUUUCUCUGCUCCUAACGACAAGUUCACUCAGUUGUUAUCCUCCUCUAUGCCCCCCACCUCCUCCCCGAUUAAAGUGAUACUGAUUUGCCUCAUCUAAAAUGUUCCAGUCAAUUAGGCUUUGCAUGGCUAAUGGAGCCCAAUUUAUCACUUACGUCAUUGCAUUUUUUAAAGGAUCAUGGGUAUCAGGUGCAAAUUAUACACCACGCUUGCAUGGCAAGUAAAUCAGUGAUUGAUAUUAAUAUCUUCUGUGGAUGUAAGCCAGGUCUGGUUGUGAGGAUUGUACAUUGUUCCUGGUCAGUUCUGCUUUGGGAAUGCUGUGUAGUGUAUGUGUACAACUGCAUUUAUCCCAUAAGAAUAUACUGUGCACAUAUAACCUCUGGGAAAAGAAAAAUAUCAAGAAAAUAUAAAAUAAACAUGUUUUGUUUUUAGUCAA